ACACAGCCAUCAGACGUCGAGAGCGGGCUGCCUAAUGCAACCGGAGAAACGGCAGCUGGAUCCGGACGACAAGCAAAGGGUCAAUGAGCACGUGGCUGUGGGUACAGAUCCCAAGUUCGUGAGGGCUGUGAUGGAAGAUUCGACAGGAAAAUUCAUCACACGCCAUGAUCUGUUCAACAUGACGAGAAAGCCCAAAAGUCAUAGCUUUGACAUUCGAGCCGCCAUAGAGAUUUUAACCAGUCAGGGGUUUUCAACGACUGUUGUUGAUGACAACGGUGAAGUCUGCGGUAUCUUUUUCAAGAUCAGUACACGGCCGACAAGUUCAAGAAGUUUCCCGAGAUUUGCCUCAUUGACUCCACAUACAAACUCGUGGACACUCGGUUCCCUCUCUUCGUUAUGAUGUGUGUGGAUGGGAUGGGUCACAGCGAGUUGGUUGGCAUGUUCCUGAUCACAUCAGAGACCCAGGUCAUGAUCCAGGUGAUGCUGGAGAUUUUCAGGGCUGGCAACGAGGAGGCUAGUGCUGCUGUCAAGGUCUUUAUCACCGACAGAGGCAGUGUCCUGAGAGGUGCCAUCCGUUCCGUGUUUGCAGAUAGUUACCGGCAGCUGUGCAAGUUUCAUAUUCUUCGCAGUUUCCGCAGGGGGAUCACCGUUGGUCAGAACUUGACCGAGGACCAGAAGGAGCGUGCACUGCAUGUGCUACAGUCACUUGUAAAUGCUCCCGAUGAGGUGUCAUAUGCCAGGCUGCGGAAAAGCCCGUCGCCUCAGUGCGUCCGAGAGUACUUUGACACUAACUGGCACCCCGUCCGCCAUGAGUGGGUCAGGGGGCUGACGGAUGGUGGCCUGUAUGGGACGUUCACCAUCGACCAACUGGAGAACUUCAAUGGCAAGUUGAAAGAUGUGUGCCGUGUGCAUUCCUCUUUUCCAGACUUUGCCAGGGUAGUGACCGUGCUGCUGUUCUCACAAAGGCGCGACCAUCAGUUUCAGACCCACAAUAUGUGGCACAAAAGGCUUGUCUGUGUCCACACAGGUGACAUGGGUGUGUAUCAGGCGCACCUGACGUCAUUUGCUUUCCAGGCUGUCAAAGCGCAGGCAAAGCUGAUGGAGAACGUAGAGCUGGAUCGGGUCGGUGAUGAGUUUAGGUGCACCACUACCUCAGGCUGUCCGAUCACCCCAUGCAGCACUCACUGUCAGUGCUCAUUUCGUAGAAGAUACCAGCUCCCAUGCAGGCACAUGCUGAGGGUGCGCCAGGUUCUGGGGUUGGGUCUGUUUGAGAACACUCUCUUCAGUUCCAGAUGGCAUAUGGGUAGCCAGCAUGUUCCAGUGACCCGACGUGACCCAACUCUGACCCUUCAGAGUGCGCCCAGGGAGACACGAGCCCUGACACAGCACGAGCGCUACAGAAGAGCUCUGGCUAUCGCUAACCAGAUAGCAUCAGUAGGUUCUGAACUUACAGGCAAUGGGUUCGAUGCUUUCACCCAGGCUUUGAAAGACACCCUGGCCAUCCUCAAGCAGGGUCGGUGUAUGCACCUGUCAUCCUGCACAAUGCAGGCAGUGGCGAUGCCCAUUUCUGCACGAAUGACAUCGAUGCAGGUGUUGAUGCUGAAUUGGAGUCACAGCCUUCAGAUUCUGUUCCAGAUCAAGGCGUGGCUGGAGAUGUCUUCUCCUCAGGACAUUCUAGCCAGAGCGCAGCUGGAGAUACCGGCCCCGUUUCCUCCGCAGGCAUUUCCAGGCAGGGUGUGGCUACAGAAGCGCGCCCCGUCCCCUCAGGACCUUCUAGCCAGAGCGCAGCUGGAGAUACCCGCCCCGUCUCCUCCGCAGGCAGCUCCAGGCAGAGUGUGGCUACAGAGGUGCGCUCCGUUUUCUCCUCAGGAAUUUCUAGCCAGGGUGAGGCCGAGGAGGGCCGCCAGGUCGCUUUCGCUGGCAGUUCCGAACAGGUCUCUUUUGGUGCCGGUUCUGUUUAUGUCACAGAUCGAGACAUGCGGAGGCGACUGGGGCAUAUCGCCGAACAGGAACAUCUGAAGGAACCUGCCAAGAUCACCAAGAACAAGGAUCAGCCGCGCGGAAGUACGGCAACCAACGUCAUCGGAUUGCCAAAACUGAAACGGAGCACUCUGAAGACCUUCCCAGAUCUGCUUUUCCACGAGAAGC